CAAUCAGACGGUCUUCUUCUCUCCACGUCACACCGUCUUCUUCCCCCACCCACACUUCUGCCCCCCCUAUUAUAUCGUAUUAUUUGUGUUCUCUCUCAUUCCUCGCUAGGGUUUCUCAGAUUCACCGUUUGCGAUUAUGGUUGGAGUUUCUCAAUACUUUAUUCAGCAAUCCUGAAACUUUUUCUUUCCCCAUGUCUCAAAGCUUCAGGUUUCGUGAUUCUCGCCCCCAAUUUCACUCGAGGCUCUUCGUAUGUUGUGAACCAGGGUUUUGAUGUGUGGUCUAGGUUCGACAAGGAUUGAAUAGUUUUUUGAAAUUUGGCUUCUUUGGGGCGAUUUUGUGAUUGGAGGUGAUUUUUUGGUGUGUUAUGUGUCAUGGCCAUUGAGAAGAAUAACUUCAAGGUUUCGAGGUUUGAUUCCGAGUUCUCUCCCGGUAGUAGAGAGAGCAUGUCGAGCGAGGAGGAUGAGCUGCAACGGCGGAAGUCAGGAGUUGAUUCUGAUGAUGAUGAUGAUGAGUUUGAUGAUGCGGAUUCCGGGGCAGGGUCGGAUGACUUUGAUUUGUUGGAAUUGGGUGAGACGGGGGCGGAAUUUUGUCAAGUUGGUAAUUCAACUUGCAGUGUUCCUUUGGAAUUAUAUGAUCUUCGUGGUUUGGAGAAUAUAUUGUCUCUUGAUGUGUGGAAUGAGUGCUUGAGUGAGGAGGAGAGGUUUAGUCUCACUAAGUAUUUGCCUGACAUGGAGCAGGGCACAUUUAUGCGGACCUUGAAAGAGCUUUUCACUGGCAGUAAUUUCCAUUUUGGGAGCCCCAUUAAGAAGUUGUUCAAUAUGCUUAAGGGAGGCCUGUGUGAGCCUAGAGUUGCACUUUAUCGUGAGGGCUUGAAUUUCUUUCAGAAGCAUCAGCACUACCAUCUUUUGAGGAGGCAUCAGAAUAAUAUGGUUACUAAUCUUUGCCAAAUAAGGGAUGCUUGGGUUAAGUGUAGGGGAUACAGUAUAGAGGAGCGGCUUCGUGUUCUGAAUAUUAUGAGAAGUCAGAAGAGUUUGAUGUAUGAGAAGAUGGAAGAUAUGGAGUCUGACUCUUCGGGAAGGGAAGAAUUAGGUGAUGGGCUGCGGAGCAAAAGGGCUAAAGACAAGAAAAGUCUGCAGAAAAUGGGUCGUUAUUCUGCAUAUAUGGGCGAUUCAAAUUUAGAAAUUGUUUCGCAUGGACGGUCAAUGGCUUUUGAACCUGCACAAUAUGGAAAACAAAACCCAAAAGGCAUACUGAAGGCAGGAAGUUUUCCUCGAAAUAAAUAUGAUUCAGGUGCAGCCCUGAGGACAAGGGAUCGGAUGAGAUUGGAUGAUGGUGAUGAAGAUGAUGAUGAAGACCCCAUGUUUGGAAUGGGUAUCCAGCGAGAGAGAAAUGUUGCACGCGGUAGUUUCAUUGAGAAGUUUGGGUCUUUGAAAGCAGGGAAGAAACAUGAACUCUUAAGAGGUGAAGAAUCAAUCACUGAUAGUUUAUUGGGUUCACUAUCUUCAAAAAGUGAUUUUCAGGCCUAUGGUAGAAACAGAAAUGCUAAUCGGUUAUCAGAGGCAGUAUAUGCGGCAAAACCAACCAACAGGUCAUCCCAUGAUUUGGUCAGAAAGGUUAAGUAUCCUGAAGUUGGCGAUCAGAUGAAGUCCCUGAAAGGCCGAGCUAUGCCCCUGCCAUUAAAAGGAAGUCGAGUUGACUUGUUAGAUUCUGAUGAACCAUUUUGGCAUAACAGGACCCCAGGAGAGAUGUUUUCUAUGAACUCACCAUUUAGGGCUGAUGAUUGGAAUAUUAAAGGCAAAAAAGGGAAGACAGGACGUGAGUCUCCUGACCUCAGUUUUAAAUCUUAUAAAUCAGCACAGAUGGAUGAUAGAUUUUUUCAUGCUGAAUUAAGAAUGAAGCCAUCACAGGAGAAGAUUAGAGGAGGAAACUAUCCUCCAAAUGGAGGACCAAUUAUGGCAGCAUCGAAGAGUCGUAGAAUGUUCAUGAAAAAUGAAGAAACAGAAUCAGACUCAUCUGAUCAAUUUGAUGAUGAUGAGGGUAGCAAUUCUUUACCGAGGAGCAAGUUGGCAUACCCCAGCAUUGUCAUGGAAAGCUCUAGGCCAUCAUUAUUGAAGUCUGGAUCAGACUGGAAGCUCAAGUCUGUUAGAAAAGAUACAUUGGAUGAUGUGCAUGCUCUUGAAGUGCAAAACUCGAAAAAGGUGGGCAGUUUUGGUGUGCGUAUGCCAGAAGUAGAAAGCCACCGUCCAAAAGCAAAACAGAAGGGUAAGAAGCAGAAAAGAAGUCCCUUGCACAACACCACUGCAAUUUUGGAAGAUGGCCCUCUCCUAGGGCUCUUGAAGUCUCAAGAUGAGGAUAACAGUAAGCCAUAUAUGACGAGCAAGAAUGGCCAAGUGCGUGGGGCCUACCCUGCUGAUAAAAGGCAUAAAGGUGAAGUUGCUCAUGCUCUUUAUUUGCCUCGAGCAAAUUAUGAGUCGAAUUACCUUGUUGAGGAGGAUGAUUCACCAGAAAGACGAAACUUCGGGGAUGAUAACAACCAGAAUAGAACAGGGAAGAAGGGCCUGUACCUUGAAGCAUAUGAUCAUCAUGAUAAAGCUGAAGCUCCUGUGAUAAAGAAGAAAAAGGGGAAGGAGUAUGUGACCAACAUGGAUGGAAGAGGUGAAGAUGGUAACCUGCAGCUUCAGCAGCAAAAAGAUGAGCCCACUUUCUUGAAGAAAAAGGGAAAGCGGAAACUGGAUGCUGAUGCUCGUAUUUCAGACAUGGAAGCUGCAGAGCCACAUGGGAAAGAGAUGGGAACAGCAGAUGUUGAGAUGGAAACUAAACCAAAGAAAAAGCCAUUUACUUUAAUCACUCCUACAGUUCAUACUGGCUUCUCAUUCUCAAUUAUACAUCUUCUCUCAGCUGUUCGCAUGGCAAUGAUUAGUCCACUUCCAGAUGAUUCCAUAGAGGCUAGCAAGCCUAAAGAGGAGCAGAGUAGGAAGCAAGAAUGUAAUCUGAAUGGGGUUCUUUCUCAAGAGAACAUGACUUCCAGUAAUUUAGACGUCUCUGCACAGAUGCCCACACUUACUGUUCAGGAGAUUGUCGACCGUGUCAGAUCAAAUCCUCGAGAUCCUUGCAUCCUUGAGACACAAGAGCCUCUUCAAGAUUUGGUUAGAGGAGUUCUGAAAAUUUUUUCAUCGAAGACAGCACCUUUGGGUGCUAAGGGUUGGAAGGCACUUGUUGUCUAUGAAAAACCUACUAAAAGUUGGUCUUGGAUUGGUCCAGUCUCUCAUUGUUCAGAUGAUCAUGAGACUUUUGAGGAGGUGACAUCCCCAGAAGCCUGGGGUAUUCCACACAAAAUGCUUGUCAAGCUGGUUGAUUCAUUUGCAAAUUGGCUGAAAAAUGGUCAAGAGACUCUUCAACAGAUAGGAAGUUUGCCAGAACCACCAGUUGAGUUGAUGCAUAUCAAUUUGGAUGAGAAGGAAAGAUUCAGAGACCUAAGAGCUCAGAAGAGCCUUAACACCAUUAGCCCAAGUUCUGAAGAAGUGAGAGCUUAUUUCCGCAAGGAGGAGAUUCUUAGGUAUUCUAUUCCUGACAGGGCCUUUUCUUACACUGCUGCUGAUGGUAAGAAAUCUAUAGUUGCUCCCUUAAGAAGGUGCGGUGGUAAGCCAACUUCAAAAGCUCGAGAUCAUUUUAUGCUGAAACGUGAUAGACCACCACAUGUGACAAUUCUUUGUCUUGUGAGAGAUGCAGCUGCCAGGUUGCCAGGAAGUAUUGGCACCCGAGCAGAUGUUUGCACUUUGAUAAGAGACUCUCAAUAUAUUGUUGAAGAUGUCUCUGAUGCACAAGUAAAUCAGGUUGUCAGUGGAGCCUUGGACCGUUUGCACUAUGAACGAGAUCCUUGUGUACAAUUUGAUGGCGACAGAAAAUUGUGGGUUUAUCUACAUAGAGAAAGAGAAGAAGAAGAUUUUGAGGAUGAUGGUACUUCAUCUACAAAGAAAUGGAAGAGACCAAGAAAAGACACCACGGAGCAAUCUGAGCAAGGAGUUGUAACUGUGGCUUUUCAUGGGACUGGAGAUCAGUCUGGAAUUGACUUGGGCACUGAUGUUAAUGCCAACUUGGGCACUGAUGUUAAUGCCAACCCAUCAUGUAUUGAUGAUGAUAAAAAGAUGGAGAUGGAUGAUAAAAAGAUGGAGAUGGAUUAUAAUUUGAGGCAAAAUGAGGAGGACAAUGUUGACACCAGCCAUGGGUCUCAGCAAGGUAACAGGCAGCAGGGUAAUCUAAUGGACUGGGAGCCUCCUGAAUUACAUCCGGUUCAGGGGAACAAAUUGCUUUGUCAAGAAAAUUCAAAUAAUGAAGAUUUUGAAGAUGAAACAUUUGGGAGAGAUAGACCGGUUGGACUCCUGAGUGCAAACUCAUAGUGCUCAAAUCAGGUAGUUUUCAGAAAUCAUGAUUCAUGUAAAUAGGAUAAGAUAUGUAUUUGUUAUUGGGGAACAUAAAUUCUCUUAAUUUAAAGUACCCAUAGAUGAUAAUAUUUCUUCUUUCUUUUAUUACAAUGUCAAGGUACAGUUAUUCUGCUAUUGCCAUGCUGCCCUCAUUAAGAUAUAUUGGCAUGCUAAUGCCAUUCUGACUUCGGAGAGAUUAGGAACUAUGUUUUACAUUUGGAACUUGUCAAAUUGGAAGAUCGGUACAUUUCCUAAACAUUGGCUACUCAUCCAGCUGGUGUUUAUGGCCGAAAAAAUCUAGCUUGUGUUUAACAUGUAAUUCUUUUUAUUUGUUUUGUACUAUUUUUUGUAGCCUUGUACUUUCAUCAAUCCGAGGGCUUGACAUAAACUACUGAUGUAUCUUGCAGGUCAAAGUCCACCAAUGAUAGAAGGUCUAGUUGUCAUUCCCAUUGGAGGCAUGUGUUAUACAUUUCAUUGGAGGGUUAAAAUGUAUAGUGAUUCUGGUCCAACAUGUAGAUUAGCAAGUGAUCUUCUAGAGGCUCAAGAGUAUGUUUUUGGUACAGGUGAUUACCAAUUUGAUAGAUUAUAUAUUUUUAUAAUUUCAAAUUUUCACCAUUUUAAAUGUAGCUCAUUACAUUUGUUUAGCUGGCAAAUCUGGAGAAUUUGGCUUUUGUUCUGUAUUAUUGCAUGUAGUUAAGUUUAGAGGAGAUUAUCAUGUGCUUAUUAUGUUGAUCAAAUGAGUAGUUCAUAUUCUGUUGGUCUAUGCGCUUAUGCUAGAUCUUUAAACCAUGGUGGAGUUUAGUUCUCUACACCAGAAGCAAGCAGGGAGCUAUGAUGCUUAUGUCUACAUUCUAGAAUCAUAGGCGUAUCCCAGUUGAUUUCGUUGAUUAAUGUUUAUCUAGCCUUCUGCCUGUACAUGGAUGAUGUUCAACUUCAUCAUGCUGGAUUAAAACUGAUUCUGGGCA